CGUCAAGAAGCCGUCUACAUUGAAUAUAAUAUCGAUGCAUCUGUCAAGCACAAAAAUAGUUAAAAACAAUCGAGCGGCGGGUCCACCACACGCCAUGUUUUUCCCCUUUUUUAUUCCCUUGUUUCCCUCGUUUCUUUUUUCUUUUCCAUUCUGUAUUUCCUUGUUCCAUCUUGCCACCCAAUCCACUUUAUCUUUUCUUAUUAUUCUGAAUGUCUUAAUAAUAAUAAAUGCUAAAAGAACGUCUUGCACAAAAUAGGAAACCACCUUGUCCAGUUCAAUCGGUCACGAGGACAAUAAAAAAAAAGAUGGGAUUUGGUGCCAUUCCAACCAUCAUCCUUUGGAAAAAAAUAAAAUUGAGAGCGAAGGCGGAGA